CUGUCACUUCGUUCGAUUCGAAUCAUUCGUUUUCGUUUCGCCUUCUAAACCAUUUUAUUAAAUUUAAUGGAAUGGUUUUUUUUUGACAAAUAGUAAACAAACUAGAACAACAACUUAUAUUAUCAUGGCAUCUAAGCAAAAAAAUAUUUUUACUCGAAGUAAACCGCUUUUAAAUAUUUAUAGUUCAGUGGAUCAUGAAGGAAAAGAGGUAGAAGUGAGGGAAGACGCCGAACAGUUAGUGAAAUGGCAUGAGAUAUCUGAUGCUUUGGUUGCGGCAGGUUACUACCGCGCUCAACUUCAGGGUUUAACCCCGUUCGAUAAAAUCGUCGGAGGUCUUACUUGGUGCAUUGAAUUGUGCGACAUUGAUGUCGACAUCAGCCUUUUGUUUGAGGAGAAUCUUACGAUUGGCAAAAAAAUAGCAUUAACAGAGAAGAUAGUUAAGGUACUGCCAAGUAUGAAAUGUCCAUUCAUAAUAGAGCCUCAUCAGAUACAAGGUCUGGACUUCAUUAACAUCUACCCUUUAAUCCAGUGGCUUAUUAAGUACUCAAGUGAGUUCCGAGAAGCAAAAGAGGAUGAGUUGCGAAGAUUUGCUGUAAUGCAAUAUGAAAAAAGUCAUAUAUUUGAAUCUGACAGAACAAUGUUUGCUCAAAAAGAAAAAGUUUUGAGAAAUUUAACCAUUAUACAGAAUAUGUAUAAACCAUGUAGAGUUCGCAAACGGAAAGGUGGUCUAACUGGAAACGAAUUGGAGCAAGUGAAUGCGACUCUCUCAGAAUAUGAUCAGCGCAUGCUGAUGCAUGUGUCUGCAAAUAAAGAUGAUGCUAAGAAUGAUGACGGACUUGAUUUCUUAUAUGAUUAUGAAAAGACAUUGGCUGAUCCUUCAGCAAUAACUACUGAGGCUGAUAGAUUUAAAGAUCAGGCUACAAACAUGGAUACUGCCGAAACUAAAAUUCAUUAUGCUGUGUUACAAUCAGAACUUACUGGAGAGCUGUCUAAAGAACUGGAGAUGAGUGAAAAGAUGAAAUAUUCAGAAGAUGUAGACAGGUUGACAAAAACUAUUGACACGAUGGAGGCUGACAUGCAGAACUUUAAGAAGGAACAUGAAGAUAGAAUGGAAAGGUCCAAAAGAAGUUACGCAAGUAUGGUGGCCAAGUUACAGAAGGUCACAAAGAAGCUGAUGAACUCUAAUGAGAAUAGUGAAUUGGAUGUAAAGAAGUUUUACAAAUCCCUCAAAGAUUUGGCCCAAGAAAGAAACGAACUUCUUCAUAUCAUACAACACAGAGAAAAAGAAAAUAAAAGACUGGAAGAGGAACUAAGGGUUGCACAAGAUCCCACUGCUGUUCAAGAAGAAAUCCCGCUGACAUCGGAGGAGAUGAAAGAAUUCCUUGAUCGAGAAGUGAAGCUGCAGGAGUUCAUUAGCAGCAUGAGGCGUGAGCUGGCUCGCCUCAACCGGGAAGUGCUGAGGUACUCCGUGGCCGUCGACGAGAUUCCCGGGACUGCUGAGCUACUGCAGUAUGAGAAAAGAUUCAUGGAGUUAUAUAACCAAGUUGCCUCAAAACACAGGGAGACCAAGCAGUAUUAUAUCUUUUAUAAUACACUUUACGAAGUAAAACUUUACACCUCUAAAGAGCUGAGCUUGCUCAAUUCCAUCUUGGAUAAUUACGAAGAAGCGAUGUCAUCAGCUAGGAAGCGAGAAGAGUUUAUGUCACAAUUUGAAUCGAUAGUCGACUGGGUGAAUCAGACAGUUCGAAAAGUUGAAGAGAAGUACAAACAAGAGAAAGAAACCAAGAACGCCCUGCAUAUAGAGUACUCGCGUUUGUUAGAGGUCCAGAGACAAUACGCGGCGGCGUUAAAGAAGCUGGCUGAAGAGAGACAGAAAGUUGGCGACAGGAGUUGACCUGUUCCCGAUGCAACUUGAGGGAAAUGUGCAAUUGUUUUGCCGAGAUUGUAGAUCAGCAAAUGGGCAACAGAAAAUGUAUGUUAUCAUAUCCAUAUUUUUUUUAGUAGUCAGUAAAUCAGAACAUCUUCUUUCAAAAGAUAAAUCUGUUGAGUUUCUAGCAACUUUAAAUAAACCUGCAAUAUAAAACACCGUGUAAACCCCUGUACCAGAAUAUGUUGAUGCAUAUUUUUUUAUGUGCCAUGUCUAAGCCUUUUUAACUAAAUUUUUGUAUCAAAUGAAUAUAUAUAACUGUAUAGUACAGAUUUGGUAGUUAUUUCUAUAUUGUUCUAUGUGUAUAUAUUACGGCUAUACCCCGAAGUGCGGCUAGACCUAGGUAAAGACGGUUACACCUGCGUCAUCGUCACUUAGGUUUAGCCGGCUAAAACUAAGUGUAGCCGCACUUUGUGAUUUAGCCAUAACAAAUAUCUAUAUUCUUAUUACACGUUCAUAUUGUAGGUUUAGUGUGAAAUUAAUUUUGUGCUUUCAUUCUUAUUUUUAUUUAUUGUAAACCUUUUUAUAAAUAAAAUAAAAAUAUUUAUAAAUAAAAAGGUUUCAAACUAAAUAAAAAAGAAUAAAAAUCUGUGUUGUACUCACAAAAAUUUAAUUUAUCUAAAAUUAAAUGUCUGUGUAUUUCUGCUGCCCAUCGUGAAGUCUAGUCUUAAAAUGACGAUUUUAUACUUUUGUAUCCAUUCCGAAUGCGACGCCGUUAUUAAACAAAUUGUUACGUAUAUUGCUAAGACUGAUAAAGCUUUUUAUUAUUUAUAGGUAUUUCCAGUAUGUUAUAAAAUAUAAGGAUAUUAUUAUAAUAUAAUACAUUUUAAAUUAAACAA